CUAUCGAAAUGUCAUCAUUCAUUAUUUUACUAAAUUACAAAAAGCCAACAUGAUUAUUAUUUAAGAAAAAUAUAAAUAAAUAUUUUUAUACACAUUUUAAAAUUUUGGAUAAAAAAUUGUAACUUUUGGAUUGAUAAAAAUUUGCUGUGAUAUUCAAAUACAAUGGAGGGAGAAGGUAGCGAAGCCGGAAGCAUAGCAAAGGAAGCUGGUGGAGAUACAGUUCCGAAGAAGCCUGAACCAAAGCCGACAGUACCUGACGUAGAAUUGGUGGUAGACGGCUUUGGGUUCAUGCCCAAAAACAUGCAGCAUCAAGCGCGAAGGCGUUCAAGCGUUUUCGCAAAAACUAAACCUGGACCAGAACAACCGCAGACCGAUGACCACGUCGACGAACACAGUCCAUGUGCAUCCAGUACAAACAUUGACAUCGUCAGAAGGUACACUUGGAAAACGAAGAACAGGAUGACAGUGCAGGUCAUAACGUACGGAGCGACUAUCACUUCUAUAUCGGUUCCUGAUCGUAAAGGGGUGCCUGACGAUGUCGUCGCGGGCUUUGACACAUUAGAAGAAUACUUUCAGCCCCGAAAUCCCUACUUCGGUGCUACCAUAGGCAGAUAUGCAAACGUGAUCAGGGAUGCCACGUUGCUAGUCAGACCUUCAGGCAGGCUGUAUAUGGUGUCUAACAACAAGGGACCCCAUCACUAUAACGGAGGAUACGUUGGAUUUGAUAAGGUAAACUGGCAUUCGUACGUGUCCGGCCUGAAAGUGAUAAUGAGCCACGUAUCAGAUCGUUUCCACGAAGGCUUCCCUGGAACAAUUAUGUGCCAAGUCUCAUUCGAAGUGACCUGCGACAAUACUCUUAAAAUUGAAAUGAGGUGCACUACCAGCGAACCAACAGUCAUCAAUCUUAGCAAUUCGCCCUUCUUUAACUUAGCGGGCCAUCAUUCUGGGCCGGCUCUGAUGCUGGACCACAUAUUCACCAUCAAUGCUGACAAAUAUACAGCUGUCGAUGAAGAAGGCCUUGUUACUGGUGAAAGAAAAGUAGUUGGAGGGACAGCCUAUGACUUCCGAGUGCCGCGAGUUCUAAAGACAAUGCUGCCUAAAAUACCAAUGGGAGGCUACGAUAUUAACUACUGCAUCACUCGGGGUACCGACCAGGAUUUGGCGUUCCAGGCCAGGGUGCUGCAUCCACUGACGGGAAGGGUGAUUGAAAUCUAUAGCAACCAGCCUGGUAUGCAGUUCUACACUGGAAACUUGUUACCUGAUCCAGAUAAAAUAGUCGAGGACGUGGCGCCCGAAGAGACAGUAGAAGAUGACAAAUCUGAGGAAAGUGAGCAGUCCAGUCGAUCGAGUGCACUUGGUGAGGAAGAGGAAGAAAGCGAGGGCAAAAAGAAUUACGGCUACGUUCCUCUAAUGGGCAAACAGGGCACGAUAUACAAACGGCACGGACUCUUCUGUCUUAUGCCACAGAACUAUCCUGAUGCCGUUAACAACAAAAACUUCCCCAGUGCCGUGCUGAAUCCAGGCGAAGAGUACGUUCACAGAAUGCAGUACAAAUUCGGUAUAUUACUCGGAAAAUACCUUUAAGUAUGAAAUAUAUCAAGUAAAUAAUGUUGUGUCUCUAAAUUGUCUAGUGAGAUGUCCUGUUGAAAAUGUAAAUUUAAUAAACAGAGUACAAUUGAAUA